CCACAUGAUGCAAACGCAAAUACUGUUCUCUUUAGUAAUUCGACAGAGUUUGUCACCAGCAGUAAAUGAAGUCAGACUUCAAGGAAGUAGAUGUUCAAUUAUGAUGAAAUUACGAAAAUGAAAGAUGUCUUUUUUCGGUCUAAAGAAAAUACAAAGAUGGCUCUGUUAUGGUUUUCUUACUGUAUCAAUGGUAACCAUAGUUUCUAUAUUGUGGACAAUAAAUUUCACAAUGAGGAAUGGAAGAGGUUUUAUUCAAGUAACAGAUAUUGAUUCACUUGAAGUAUCCACAAUAUUCAAGACAAUCAAAUACCAAACGGAGAAAACUCCCCAAAUAACAAAACACCAGACGGCAGAAAAGUUAAAUAAAUACAAGGACAGUGAUCAAGUAAUUUUAAGUGGUACUCCCUUAGAAAAGCACAAAAAAAACCAACCCUCAAUGUUAAUUUCACAGAAACCAUUAAAACUUUACAUUUAUACUUUGCCAAGAAAGUUUAACGAUGAAAUAAUCAAGUGCCUAUCGCUUUCUGGUGCAUAUCGUGGUUGUUUCGAUUUGACAAACAAUGGUAUGGGAAAAUUGUUGUUCAGGACAAAUGGAUUCGCGGUGAUGGAUUCAAAUCAAUUUUCACUCGAGGUUAUUAUUCAUCAACAACUUCUGAAGAGUUCUUUACACACAACUAAUAUUUCUGAAGCAGAUAUUUUUUAUGUGCCUGCUUACAUGGGGCUAGCUUGCUUCUGUGAUCAAACAUCUCAUAAAGUGUCAAAUCUUGUGAACGAUAUGUACAAGCAUCUUCAGAUGCAGAAACCGUUUCAAGAACAGAAACCACAUUUUUCAACUCUAGCUAAAAUUGAACGUGAGCAGACAUCAAGUUCGUGCUCAUUGUUGAAAAACAAACAUAGUCGAAAAUUAACAUUUAUUGGUAUUGAGAAGGAAGCAAAUAAAGGAUCUCGAAUUUAUCUUGGAUUAAAACAACAAAAGAUAAUCGUAGCCCCUUAUCCAUCAUACAUUCAUUAUAAUUCCAAAAACAUUUCAAGGAUUGUGACACCAUCGAUCAAACAACGAAAUGUUUUCAUUUUUUUGGCUGCUAGUGAAAGACGCUCCAAUACUUUUCGGUCUCACUUAAUUGAUCAGUUUCAAACGAAGACUAAAGACAGUUACCAGGAAUUUUAUAAUUCAGAUCAGAAUCUUAGUGUUAAACAAGUGAUGCUUGUGACAAGUGAAUGCCUUGGUAACCAUAAAAACACAACUAUUCCAUGGAUGUUACAUUCAGUGUUCUGUCUUCAACCCCCUGGUGACUCUCCAACACGCAAAUCUUUUUAUGAUGCAAUUUUAAGUGGAUGUAUUCCUGUGUUGUUUCACUACUUCAACAAAUAUCAAGUUCGUUAUCCAUUUGACUGGCAGUUUAAUUACACAGAUUUUACCAUCAUCCUCCCAGCAUAUGACAAAAUCCAAUCGUAUCCCAAUAUUUAUGACACAUUACAAAAAAUUCCCGCAGGAGAGAUUUCUAGACUCCAUUAUAAUUUGCAAACGGUAGCUCGAUAUUUUCAGUAUAGUGUUAUUGAGGGAAAUAUAUCGGGAUACGAAGACAACGCUGUGUUUUAUAUCAUACAAGAACUAAAACAAAUAUACAGUAUUUCAUAAGCUAAAGUUUAAUAAGAAAUUAUUUUACUAUAUUGAUAAUCAUUCAUGUAUUCCUUAUGGAAAAUAUAUUAAAAUACAAGAAAGAUAAAUGGAUCUGUGUGAGUAAUUAAUAUCUUAAUAUUCAAAUUCGAAUAAAUUUUCAGCGUCAAUUAAAACUAAAAGAAUUUGAUUUGUUUUUUGUUUCAAAAUGAAAUAUUUAUUAAAAUUCAUCCUAGAAAAUCAAUUAAUAUCUAAAAAUAAACUGAUAUAGAUAUUCACUUGAAAGAUUUGCAUAAAUCUAAUGUUCAUUAUUCAUGCGCAUUUG